AUGCGUUGUAUUAAAGAUUGGAUUCUAUACGUAGCAGUCUCGUGCUUCAACUUGAAUAUUAUAUUUGUGGAUGCUGUCAAGACCGUGAAAAGCUUUCAACAAGCUUCACAGGAUUUGGAACAAAAAGAUAUUCAAGCUUCCACAGAUCGGCACCGAAUUCCUGAUCUAAAUCAUCCACCACCAUUUGAAAGCGAAGAUGAGCAUUCAAGCCCUCCGCUGCAUAGUGAUCAGCCCUUAGCAAUAUGCGAUGAUACGAGAUCGACCGAUAUUUUCAGCAGUUCAAAAAACCAGUCGACCAGCAAAGGUAGAGAGAAAGAGCAGGAGAAGAAAGUACACAGACGUUAUUGGCAAAAGUGGUAUUCAAAGCUAACUCCAGAACAGAAAAAGGCUCGCUCGAUAAGAGAUAAUAGGACAUACCGAGCCAGAAUUGGAAGACUGUCUGCUGAAGAUCAAAAGAGAACUAAAGAAAAGGUAAAUAAUCGUGUGAAGAAAUCUAGAGCGAGCAAAGAUCCAGAAGAAGUAAAAGAGCUGAAUAGACGUCAUGCCAAAGCCUAUCGUGAAAGACAAAAACUCCUUCGAAAGGGCAAAGCAUUGUCUCAGACGCCGUAA